CUGCGCUCUACGUCACGUGCUUGGUGCCUUGAUUUUUACCAGACAACAGUUGCGGCUUCAAUCUUGGUGUAAACGUUCAUAAAUGUCAAGUGAUGAAGUUCCAUUGGGCGUUUUUCGUGUUCGCAGUGUCGUUGUCCGUGUGUGACGUCUGGUGUCAGGCGCCCACAGAAACCACCCUGGACAUCGAUUGCGGUACCAUCACGGACAUAUACAUAGGUCAGGUCAUACCGAUCACCGUCUCCGCCAAGUUUGUGCCCGGCACAACCGUCAACGACGUUUCUAUCGAGCUGCUGCCAUCGACGACGGAGCUGGUGAUGGCCUUUGGCUCCUCACCAACCUCCAGCAAGAACCAUGCCGAGCUGUCCAUCACUGGCAACAUUAGCGCCUUCGUCACGCACACAUAUGAAGACUCUACUACAGAUCUUACCGCUGACAUCGUGCAAUACGACACACGGGUGGUGUUGGAGCUGGGGGAUGUAUCGGCCACCUCGAAUGGAUACGAGCUGACUGUGACGUACGAGGUGGUGUUCGUUUCGCUGGGUUCCAUGACGGACGGUGCCACCUACUGGCUUAGCGCCGGAGAAGCGUAUACCGAGGGCGGCAACGAUUACAUCUGGAUCUCGCAAUGCGACGUCAUCGUGCAUGACGUUAAUUCCGCGCACGCAUCAGCGACGGCGGAUCCAACAUUUACGUUCGAUCCCAACAGCACAAUUGUGAACGGCGUGGGUCACGUGACGUCACUCACCAUGGAAAUCCCGCGGCCCCGUACCGCCGUCACCGUGGAGGUGGCCGUUCUCAACACCACCAGGAAGGAUAUCUUCGUACAAGAACUCAAGGUGACGAGUGUUGGGUCGGCGUACAGUUACAUGUUCCAAGUGCCCAACGCUGUGGUGAAGGCUUGGGAUAAGUGCCCCCUGGUCAGCCACCUCGUCCUCGACCUCGGAACACUCAUAAACAAAGAAUCCCAGACGGCGUCCCCAAAUACGGCAGACUUCCAGAUUGUGGUGGAAGUGGUACUGCACGCGGCAAGCGCACCCUUUGAUGACGUCAUUGACCUGAGUAUCGGUGUGGACUUUGACGGUACGGAGAUCUACUUGGCGCCGUUCAGUGUCACCGUCUCUGGCGGCACUCCAGCCUCAAUCGACUCAUUCACGGUAUCCCCUACGACGGAAAACAUCGAGGUGGGUGGCGCGGCUACAGCGAGCAUCGACCUGACCAUCCCUGCCAACACCAUGCAGGAAUUAUCCAUUACCAUCUCAAGCGCUCCCCAGGGCGUAUUCAACUCCGCCCUCAGCAUCCUGUCAGUGUCCCCCACGGAACAAGGGACGGGGGUGCUUUGUGGUGUGAACCCACAGGACACGUCCAUCCAGCUUCAUGCUUCCGGCGUUUCGCACGUGUUUGACUCAGCCGUGUACACAGCCAAGGUGACCAACUUCAACUGGCCAGCCGGCUCCUCCGCUAAUAUCAAGUUGACGGUGGCCGUGAUGGUAGUAGACAAUCAGGGGGCCGUGGACGGCAACCAGCACGUCCUCGACGUCUCUGUGAACGGCAUGCCCGAUCAGACUGUCAUAUUCACCGUAAACGGUACAGCGUCAUAUCCGUCGAACCUGAACUUCGACUUCAACAUAUCGCAUAGCUGUUCAUCCGACACGUUCCUUUCCGGCUCCAUUCUCCACUUCCUGCUCGACGUGACCACGCAGCGUAACGUGGUGGCCGGCCCUUUCACCCUGGAGGCGCCCAUCCCCACCGACAUCGCCAACGCUCGUCUCGCCAUCGUCGGCUCAUCAGUCAUCAACAAGGGCCCCAACGUCGCGUGCGCACCCAUCGCUGAUCUCAGCCUUGAAACAUCCGACUGGAAGAACGGGUCGGGCGAUAACGACCGCGGGGUGAUGCGACUCCCGCUCAUGUGUAACAUUCAAGCGGUGGACGACGUGUCGGGGGAUCUGAUGCAGCUUCGCGUCGCCGUGCGCCUAAAGGACGUUCCGGACUUGGUCACCAGCGACACAUCGGACACGUCCGUCGGCAUGGGCAUCAUGUUCUCCGAAAAUAACAUAUGGACGGGCAGUUACACGGUCUCCACAGUGAUGCCGAAAUCCACGGCGACGCCGGUUGUGUUGACCGGUAUCUCUGUCCCAGACGCAGACGUGCCGACGGAGUUUCCGGGAGACUGGGUGGUGGAGUGGAGCCCUGAUAACGUAAAAUACUAUCCGAGCUACGUGAACUUCAACACAUCCUUGACAGCGUCCUCGGCCGGUGAUACGACGUUCAGCCUUGAGCGGCCGUUGCUUGGCCGGUACUUCCGGUUGGUGAACAGUGCCGGGAGUUGCCCGCCAUCAGACUACUCCAUCGUGACGAAAUCAACGUGGGAUGCAGGGAUCUUCUCUUACGGACCCAAAGCGAAGCUGGACGCCUUCUUCCAACCGUUCGGCCUCGUCCUUGACGGGGACGUGGAAACGUGCGUGCCGCUACCAUCGCGAAACUCCACGGACACACCUCAGCGCCUCUGGGUCACCAUGACGACGGAGUACCUCGGUCACGUGAACCAAUCGAUGCCCUUCAACGUGACGCUGGUCGGUCACGGCAUCACGUGUGAGAACAGGACAGCGGACCAAGUCACGGUGGUGUCACAUCCCAAGUCUGGGAACGCAGACGUGUUCCAAGGACGACGCCCGAAGUGCAGGCUUGUCGCCGGCGGGGACGUCACUGAUCCCGUGGUCACCACACGCCGCUCGUGCACCUACAUGUGUGCGUGCUCGGACGUGUCCUCUUGCUCGGAGUUCAAUGUGAUGAUGCACCACAAAGCGACCACGGUUCCCUCCGCAGAAGAUUAUAAGCUUUGCAGUAUCGACGUGUCUGUGUGAAGAACAUUUUUGUUUGCUAAAUUAUGAUUUUUUGCGGGUUGCUUCGUAGAAGUUAAAAAAUCACCAUGUCUAUUUCUCUUGAGUUUUUAUUGUGUAUUUCCUUUUUGCACGGAUAAACCUUUAAACCUUUUUCGUCAUAAGACAUGUUAGAAAACGUGUCCAAAUAAACAAUUCUGAUAUAAUUUAGAAAAGACAAAGGAGUUUUCAAAUGCAAAUUGACUUAAUGACAAAAGGUAAUGCAGUUUGUACGAACUAUUAAUAGGAAAAUUGACUAUAAAUAAAGAAAAUAAUGCAAUACAAUAUAUGAACGACAAAAUAACCAAUAUACACCACGAACAAGUAAUGUAUACACCAUAAAAAUACUAUACGUAUAAUAAAAAAGUAUAUGCAAAAUAUGAUAAAAACCUUAAUAAAUGUGAAUGCAACUGUCAAUAUUAGACACUUGACUACGGUCAACAUAAGAUAUCUGGGUCAACGUUCAACAUAAUAUAUCUGGGUCAACGUUCAGCAUAAGACAACUAGGUCAACGUUCAAUAUAAGACAACUGGGUCAACGUUCAAUAUAAGACAUCUGGGUCAACGGUCAAUAUAAAACAACUGGGUCAACGGUCAAUUUAAGACAUAUGGGUCAACGUUUAAUAUAAGACAACUGUGUCAACGUUCAAUAUUAACCAAUUGGGCCAACGUUCAAUAUAAGACAACUGGGUCAACGUUCAAUAUUUAUUUAUGAGACAACUAGGUCAACGUUUAAUAUAAGACAACUGGGUCAACGGUCAAUAUAAGACAACUGGGUCAACCGUCAAUAUAAGACAACUGGGUCAACGGUCAAUAUAAGACAACUGGGUCAACGGUCAAUAUAAGACAACUGGGUCAACGGUCAAUAUAAGACAACUGGGUCAACGGUCAAUAUAAGACAACUGGGUCAACCGUCAAUAUAAGACAACUGGGUCAACCGUCAAUAUUAUACACCUGGGUCAGUGGUCACUAUAAGACACCCGGGUCAUCGGUCAAUGAAAUACACAAGAUUCAGUGUUUUAUAAGAGACACAAGGGUCGUUCUGUUCCCUAUGGCAUACUUCGUAGUUAGUCCUCUGCCUUUAAAACCAUUCAAAAUCAGAGUCGGUCAUGACCUCUGGGCACCAUUUAUAUACACAUUUAUUAUACUGUAAACUUUGAAUUAUAAUGUAGAAUCUCGUCCAUACUGCGCUUUAAUCAAUAAUUUGACAAAACUCAUUUUAUUUUGUAUUUUUAUCCAACAUGGGCUAGUUUGCACUUGUGAUCAACCCUGACACACACGGUCACCUAUCAAACAUGACGUCAGAGCUAUGACGUCAUAGCUCAAACACAGGUUAUACGAAUAUAUGACCUUAAAGAUAGGAUGGGUUUAAAAAUUAAAAAAAUAGCCAUCAGUGUUUGUUACUGUGUACAACAAACAUGGUGACAUACAUGCCAUUGUCUUCACUGUGUAUUUCUUGUAAUUAGAAUGUACAUGUAUGUCUGCAAAGCGGAACAAAUGCUUUAAAAUGCUUUAUUUUAGAUGUGUAUAAUAAAAUAUUUUUUCAGGAAAGUAAAUCUAAUAAACUUCAUUGAACACGAACUUACAAACAGUUUAGAACAGUUGAGAAGUUCAUGAACAUCUGCUGAUUAUUAUUUUGAGUACAAAAGUGAUUGUAUAAGAGCUGUAAGAUCCAUGCACAAUUUAAAGAUAUGUGUUAAAUGAGUUGCUUAAUUAAUAUCAAUAAAUCGUUAAUAUUGGUUGUUUAAAUUCAAAUAAAUCAGUUUCACCUGA